GCCCUGACAAAAGCAUACUCCCUGUCGUCUACUCGAGAACCGCAAACAUCAAGUUACAAGCGACUGUUGCUCGCGCGAAGUGCUUUACCUGCAGCAGCGUACAUAGGUAUUAGCCACCACCUUUAGCGAGUAUGCAUGGAAAGCUUCCGUCUGGGCUCCGAACACUAGGCGCCCGCUCGCGUCCAGCGCUCCGGACCGCAACCCAGCCUUCAGCAUCUCCAGCAGUCGCGCUGCGUGGAGUUGUGUUUGAGUCGGGACGCAUGCACGUGCGCUCCGCCGCCACCGCCGGCAACCCGGUCGGGGCCUCCUCCGACGACGACCCCAACAACGCCUUCAUCGACAAGUCGCUGACGGUGCAGGGCGCGGCGGAGGGGCCGCUCAAGGGGCUGACCUUCGCUGUGAAGGACCUGUUCGAUGUGGCCGGGCAUCGCACCGGCUUUGGCAACCCGGUGUGGCUGGACACACACCCGCCCGCCACACGCACCGCGCCCGCCGUCCAGGCGCUGCUGGACGCGGGCGCAACGCUGCGCGGCAAGACCCACAUGGACGAAUUGGCCUACUCCCUGAACGGCGAGAACGUGCACUACGGCACGCCACGCAACCCCGCGGCGCCCGGCCGCAUUCCCGGCGGCUCCUCCUCCGGCUCGGCGGUGGCGGCGGCGGCGGGCGACGUGCCCCUGGCCUUGGGCAGCGACACAGGCGGCUCGGUGCGCGUGCCGGCAGCCUACUGCGGGCUGUUUGGGAUCCGGCCGACAUGGGGCCGCACCAACCUGGAGGGAGCGCGGCCGCUGGCGCCGUCGUUUGACACCGCCGGAUGCCCAGCGCAGCAAGUGGCGGUGGCGGCGGGGGAUGUAGACAUUGGUUUGGGCACUGACACGGGUGGCUCCAUCCGGGUGCCCGCCUCCUUCUGUGGGCUGCUGGCGCUGAGGCCCACCUGGGGCCGGGUCAGCUCAGAGGCCACCACCGCCCUCGCGCCGUCCUUCACCACGCCUGCUUGGUUCGCUCGCGACGCGGCGACGCUGCGUGCCGCCGGGUCUGUGCUGCUGGACCCGGCAUCCCGGGCGCCCGGCUCGCCACGCCUCACCCGGUGGCUGGUGGCGCGUGACGCCUUCGGGCUGGCCGACCCGCCCACAGAGAAGGCCAUCUACGACGCCAUGUCGGCGGAUUUCAGCAAGGUGGUGGCGCUGCUGGGUGAGCCCACGGAGGUGGACGUGGCGGCGCCGCUGGCAGGGCAGGGCCUGGGGCAGUACGUGGACUGGAUGGGCGUGUUCCGCGUGUGCCAGGGCUUUGAGGUGUGGCGCGAGCACGGCGCCUGGGUGACGGAGCACAACCCCGCCUUCGGCCCGGGCAUCAAGGACCGCUUCAUCAUGGCGUCCCGCAUCACGCAGGAGCAGGUGGACGCCGCGAACGUGAAGCGGGCGCUCAUUCGCUCCCACCUGCUGACGCUGUUGGGGUCCGACGGCGUGUUGGCGCUGCCCACCACGCCGGGGCCCGCACCGCUCGUCAACACGCCACCGGCCGAGCUGGACGCGUGGCGCACGCGCCUCAUCAGCCUCACCUCCAUUGCCGGUCUGGCAGGACUGCCGCAGGUGAACCUGCCCAUCGCGUCCGUGGACGGCCUGCCAGUGGGCCUGGGCCUCAUCGGGCCCCCGGGCAGCGACGAGGCGCUGCUGGAGCUGGCGGAGCAGCUCAUGGGCGUGCUGCCGCACUGGCAGGCGCGCGACCCAUGGCAGCCCAGGCAGGAGAAGAAGUGAGGCGGAGGACAGUGAUUGCUGCUGGGGGCUAGAGCAUGGGUUGAAGGUGGAUGGGGCGCGUGUUGAGGCUGGAUGGGGCGUGUGUUCGUGAUGGAACAUGGCAAGGGGCAGGAAAGCGUAGUCCCGAUGUGUGUGGCUCCCACCCGUGCCCACAUAAAUGCGUA